CCGGAACAUAAAAGUGUAACACUCGGCGGAAAUAACACGCUCCAAUUGCAUGAAGACAGCCGAGGCGUAAAUGGUUAGGCUAUUACUAACCUUUUAUUGUAAUUUGGAAACAAUGUCUUCGGUUCAGUAUUUGAGGGAGCUUGUCAUCGAACGACUGACUGCAGCCGCGGAAGAAAUAUUAGGAGUUUUUUCAAAAACUAUCGUCGAGUAUGAAGAAGAGAUCGCUCGUCAGCGUAAACUGCUGGACAUCGUUUGGAACCCCGAAGUACAGUUAGAGAAGAUUGAGUUCCCACGGCAACAUGUGGAGGAGGUUCUCACUGACCAGCAGCACUGCAACCAGGAGAGGGACUCCAGUCUGGACUCUGAAGAACCAGAGCCGCCACAGAUUAAAGAAGAACAAGAGGAACUAUGUGCCAGUCUGGAAAAAGAACAGCUGGAACUGAAGCAGGAGACAGAUACCUUCAUGUUGAUUCCCACUUAUGAGGAAAGUGACAACAAUGAAGGUCAAACUCUGUGCAUGAAUACUGAUAAAACAGAGAGUGCAGCAGAGGAAGAGUCUGUAGUCAACUUACCAGUUAAAAGCUUUGUAGUAGCAGAACCAAACAGUGACCAUGAAUCUCAUGUAGUUGAGAGCCAAGACCACAAAGGAGAUUUGCAUGUAGACUCAGGAUUAAUUAGAAAUACAGAUCCAAACCCAACAGGGAGUUGUCACAAAAGUAGAUUUCAUAGUACUGAUGUGUAUUUCUCUACCAUUUCUGUGAUUAAUCCGACUCCUUCCACAGGUAAAAUGUUAUUUCAAUGUGACAUUUGUGGAAAAACCUUUAAGCGCAAAGACCAAGUAAUUAUACAUCUGAGAGUCCACACAGGUGAGAAGCCUUAUUGUUGUAAAAUAUGUGGUAAAGAAUUCAGAUUGAAAAAUGUAUAUAACAUCCACAUGAGAACCCACACAGGCGAGAAGCCCUAUCUUUGCAAAACAUGUGGGAAGACUUUCAUAAAUUCUAGUAGCUUGGUGGUGCACAUGAGAAUCCACACAGGCGAGAAGCCGUUUUCUUGCAAAACCUGUGGAAAGAGCUUUGUAUCGACUAGUUGCUUGGCAGCCCACAUGAGAACCCACAAAGAUGAAAAGCCGUUUUCUUGUAAAACAUGUGGGAAGCAUUUCAAAGUUAAUAAGGCCUUGUUGGGCCACAUGAAAACUCACGCAGCUGAGAAGCCGUAUCUCUGCACUACAUGUGGAAAGAGACUUUGUAGCGGGCCAGCACUG